AUGGGCAAUUCUUCUACGAAGCGAUCAACGGGUGAUCCUUCACGAACUCCAUCGCAAACGAUUCAAAUUGAUUGUGGGAAAGACACGGAAGGAAAAGCGAGAAUAAUCACAGCUCUGAUUCCUAACGAUUAUCGACCGGAUCUAAGCGACACCAACUAUCGCUCGGAGGAUCUAGAUGAAAAGAUAUACCACAAAAUUGGCCAAGGAAGAACCGUGACUGCUGUAGCGGCUUUGCGUGAAAUCAAAGGCGCGUUUGGAAACGAAACCGAAAGAGUCGUUUUGAAAGAG